AUGUCUCCCUCGGAUAUUUGCGUUACGUGCUACGAGCCACUGCUGCUUGAGAUCGAGUCUGACAGUGAAGUGGACGAGGAAAGCUCAAGUCAAUCCCUUGCGCCCACUGCAGUUCCUGAUGAUGUUGAAUUUCCUUGCAGUUGCCAUUUUCAUUGGGAAUGCUUUCUAGAAGCCUACACUGUGACGGAAUGUCCCAAUUGCUCAGAGCCCUUAUCCUCCUUGAACGCCCGGGGCGAACAGCAAGUCCUUUGCACGGUCCGAAAUGAGGGCGGUGUGCAAGAAAAUUUCGAUAUCCUUCCCUCGGCUACAGAUGAGGCAUACUUAAGGACAUAUCCAGAAGAAAGGAAAGGGCAUGCGUAUCUGGACUUCUGUCGCAUGGGCGACGUGGACGCUCUAGUCCAUCUCAUCCAGGACGGGAACACAGACGGAGACAGCGGAAAAUCACAAGAGGACCUCGACAUUCUUAGGUACACCGGGUCUUUUGAGGGCAUCGACGGUUCAGGAAUGCAUGUUGCCAUCCGAAACGACCAGAACGAGGUUGCCUGGCUUCUGCUUGUUCUUGGUUCUUCUCUCGACUGGUGCGAGUUCCCGCCAGCAGUUCUGCAUGCUAUGGAAAGCAUGGGACUCAGCAAAGAGGAUCGAAGCGCGCAGCCGGACAUCCGAAAUUUAAAGGACAGUGAAGGCAAGACGGCGGCCAUGGUAGCUAAAGAGAGGGGAGGUAUUUGGUCGGAUUGGACUAAGAGCGGCCGUCUUAAUCCUCCAACCUGA